AUGUUUUUGUAAACUGAUUUCAUACUCGAUUUCCUGCUAAUGAAAUAAUUUCUAUUAGUGGCUUUUAAUAUUUUUCUUUUGCUUUAAACUUUCAGCGAAUUAUGUGAACUCGCAACUAAUUGAACUGCAACCCGACCAAUUGAAAUUAUAAGCUGAAAAACAACAAAGGCGGGGAAAAAUACAACAAAACAUAUCGACGGUGCCACAAUAUGCGGAAAAUAGGUUAACAGGCGAACAAAAAUAAAAAAUAAAAUAAAAUAAAAUAAAACACCAAAAAACAAAUUGAAUUUUUUUAUAACUUAAUGUGCGAAUUUAAAUUUCGACUCGAACAGUAGUGAACAAUUAUAAUACAUACAUACAUAUCAGCAAUAGCACACAAAAGAGCGCUAUUGCAAGGGGGGAAAAAGGUAAAAGAAAAAAAAAAUAUAACAUUACUUUGACGGCAAACUAUAAUAGCAGGAGUAAAAAAAAUAAUAUUACUUUACGGCAAAGUACAAAAAAGGAACACCAAUAGCUGCAAUCAACUGCAAAAGCAACAACAACGACAGCAACCAUUUCUAUUAAGUCAAACACCUUAACACACACAUUCACACAAUCCAUGUCAUUUACAUACCUACAAUCAAAUAAAAAAUUAUUCCUCUGCUGCAGCGCAUAAUAAUGUACAACAAAAACAACAAACGCUAUUAGAAUAAUUUAAAAGGAAACAAAAGCAUUCACAUCAGCGAAAAAGCAAACAAAUUCUAAUUGAAUUCAAAUGACACGGACUUACAGCGUUAGAGCGAGAAAGAAGGUAUCAGUAGUAUUAAUAAAAGUAACAAUAGCUGCAACAAGCAGUUGUGGCAAAGUAUCUACUGCAACAACGGCAACAGCAAAUACAACAAAAAAGAGGAGGGUGACAACAUAAAUGGGAAGCGCUAGAGCGGAAAUCUUGCAGCGACUUUCAGAAGGUAUAAUAGGGAAAAGUGAUAAAAACAACAACAACGACACGAAAGUGAGAGCAAGUAUUGUCACCACAACCACUUAUGAGAAGGAGCAGCACUAAAACAGCCGUGGCACCAACGCCAUAAAUCGACGAGGAGUCCCGCAAAUAAAGCGCGAAACCAUGUCAUAAUUAACAAAGGCGGCAGCAACAACAAGAAGAUGCAUGAGUAUGGCAUAACUGUAGCAACAGCAACAGCAGCAGCAGCGGCAAAGUGACUGAAGUAAUAAAAGGAAGCAAAAAAGUAGCAGAGAUAGCAAAAGAGGAAGCAGCGGUGGCGGAAAACUAGAAAGAACUUCAUAAUAGCGCAGGAAAAAGGGAAGUAGUGGCAACAACUGUUAUACGAAUAGCAACUAUUGUGGCAUGCGCAGUUAUUAGGAGUCACAUUGACAAAGGCAACGCCAGCAACAUUAACAAAAAUCAAAAACAGCAAAUACACAAUGGCAUAUCGAGCAAUUACAUCAACGCUUUAGCUGAACGAGCAGCACAAUACAACAAACAUAGAUUUUCCACUCAGACGCUUCCUAUGCUUACUCAACUGAAGAGUUGUGGAGCUGAACUGCUGUAGAGUUGAGCGAAAGCAAGUGAUUUUUGUGUGUGUAUGCCCAACUUAGAGUUUGCAAAGCAAUACGCAUACAUUCAAACAUACUCGUGUAUGUAGUACCUGCAUGUAGCCGCUAAGCCAGUCGGCGCUUUGAAGGAAAACAAGGAAGCGCGCUAAAUCUAAUUAUCCGCUACAACGACUUCAAUAACAUACAUUACAACAAGUAUAAUAACAGCAAUAACAACAACAAUUGCAAAAGUAACUACAAAAACAACAAUUAACCUUAGCGCACAGCCAAGGCAGCAAGACUAGCAAGGGGGCAAGAGCUAAGCAAAAUUACCGCCAUUGCCGUCAAGUGGAGAGCAACUAAGUAGUUGAUUGCGCAAAGCGCGCAACAAUAACAACAAUAUAUGUAACUCAAAGCAGCUGCGCCAAUAACAAAGAUAUUUGCGAAGACAAAGCAGAAAAAUCUCGGGCUCCACAUACUGCAUUCAGCGCAUCCAACACCAAUAGACACACAUACACACGCACAUAUAUAUAAAUACGCGUUUAUUAGUCAAGUGCGUGUAAGUGAGAUUACGAUUGUUUGCGCGUGUGUGUGCCAGUGUGUACAUAAGUGUGCGGCGUUAAGCUCAUGUUAUCAGUAAAAGCGUUCGCGGCUCUUCUAUUCAACAGCAAAUUUUCAUUGUUGGUUGUGGCUGUGACUGUUGCUGCCAUUAAUGCAAUUUGCUGCAAGGCGGAAAUAGUUGACGGAAAUUAAAUGGCCACUUAAGUUCCGGUGUAGAGUGAUGCCAUUCAAUCGGCGAAGCGCUUAACAGCAAUAACCACGACAAUAACAACUAAAAGUGAUGUUGCAACAUUAUUUCGAAAAAUAAUAACAAUUUUCUAUAUGUAAAAGUAACUCGCUCGUCGCUGGUGCAACUAAACAAUGCCAACUAUGAUAGGUGACGUGCAAAGUUUAGCAAUAACAAGAGGCAAGACGCCUAAAGAAAGCUUUCAUAUAAAUAUCAGCCAGUGGAUUUUGGAAGUUUUCUCUGUACUUCGAAAAAUUGAAAUUCAGUAAAGGACUUUUGGCUGCGAGUACAAAAAGUUAAUGCAGAGCACUUGGGUUGAAUUGAUAUGUUUACGAAAUUAAAAUGCCAAUGAAAUGUGUAACAAUAGACGGAAAUAUAGUAACUCUAUUGGGAAAGCUUUUAUGUGUAUGCUGCCAAAAAUAAUCGGUUAGAGCAAUAAAGCAGCUCGUUUACAAGUGAAGCAAUUCCAAAAAGUAUUGGAGCUCAAAAUUCGGAAAUGCAGUUAAAAAUAAGGUUAAAUAAAGUUGAAAACAAGGUUUGAAAACAAAGAAAUAAAAUUUAUACAAAACUUGACGCCAGCUCUUUUCAACAAUAUUCGAGCUUUAAACUUGUUCGAUCGGGUAUUUUAACUCAGCAACACCAAAAAAUUAAAAAAAGCUCACUAAGCCGCUUUAAUAAGAUCUUUAAAAAGCUUCGACGCCUUUGCUAUCCGACAGUUGGUAUGUGAGCUAAGUAUGAUUAUGAAUAUGCAGCUCCUUUGGAAUAUAAAAAGCCUUAAUCUUAAUUAUCAUAACCAGCGUACCAAGAAAGCUGAUAUUUAAACAACUAAAAAUAGCCCAAGCAAUUUAAGCUUUGCAAGCUUGGGAAUAUGGCAGACUAAAAUGAAGUAAGCAAACUGAAUGCCGUUCCAAAAAAAUAAGAGCUUGAAAGCUGAAAAAGUUAAGGACUGCAUAGAGCUUAAAAGCUCUUACCUGCUAAGUUUGAAGUUUGAAAAGAAUGCCAUUUGAAAAUUAAAUUUGUAAAAUAACAAAACUUUCAAAACAAAGUAGCCCAAAUUUUUAAGCUAGGGCUUAGACGUAAGUAGCAUAAUUUUCAGGCUAUAAAAAAUAAAAAGCUCACAAGAGACGAAGGCAGCUUAAAUAAAUAUUGAGCGUGAAAGUCGUAUAAAUAAAAUAAAAAAAUUUAAGGAGAAAAAAUGCGAAAAUAAAUUAAACUAAUGACCCAAAAAAAGCAACUGAAUUAUAUUCAGCAGAGAAAAAUGCGAGAAAACUACAAAACUCUAAAGCUUAAUUAGAAAAUAAAAGCCCUAUUGAAUAAUGGUAAACAGGCGAAUGUCUCUACAAAUUAAAGACUACCAAAUUCAAAUGAAUGCCUAAUCCCGAUUCUACCCUUUAGAUAUUAAAACUAAAUAAAGCGUGCAUUAACACGAAAGCUCUGGAAGGCACGAAUAUAUUUAUAAACGGUAAAAUAUCUACUAAGUGUCAUUUAAUAGUGUAAUCUCCGCACAUCGUUUAAUUCGAACUAAAAGUGCGAGAAGAACAAAAAGGUCCUCUCUUCUCAUCGCCCGAAACUUUAUAAUUAAUUUUUGAACGAAAAAGUUUUAACCCGUCCCGGCUGUUGCUUUGCUCCAAUUCCACUCGCUUUCAGCAGCAGAGAUUAAAAUUUCACCAUUUUAUACUUUUCUCCCCCACCAAAAGUUGCGCCCAACUCUCCGUUCUACUGAUGACCGCCGCUAAAAGACGCGCAAGCAGUGGCGCCACUAAUAACAAUAGUAACAAUAACAACAAUAACAAUGAUACGGAUGAAUAUCAGCAAGCCCAACAACAUCUCCUACAACAUCCACAACAACAAUAUCACAGUACACAACAACGUCAUCAAUACAAUCAUUAUCAGCAGCAGCCUCAACAGCAGUCACAACAAAACCAGUAUCAAUACCAACAACAGCCACAAUAUUUGCAUCAUACGUCGCAUUCAUUAUAUCAACAGGAAAACCAUCAGUCGCAUCAUCAACAACAACAAAGCCAACAAAACCAACAACAACGGCAACAUCAAUCAUCAUUGCGUGAUUGUUCGGUGAAAUUGCCUUUGGAUAUUCUAUGGUUACCAAAGUCUGCGAUGCGGCCAGUAGGGCCUGACGCCUCACACACCGACUGCAUAUUGGUUGUUGGUGUUUCCCGUCCGAAAUUAGCUGUAGUCUUUCUAACAGUUAUGUUAGUAUCACUAUUUCUCACCUUUCAUGUCCUCUACGAUAGCGCUGUUUAUAAUAUACAAGCCGCACAAGCCAUUACCGAACAUCAUCGAUUACGUUUGCUGAGCAGCGCUGGCGGUGGUGGCGGCGGUGGUGGUAGUGGCAUUAACAACAACAAUCAUUUACCUGAAUUCAUUAAACCCGCUGCGGCAGCAGUGGCAGCAGCAGCAGCAUUAGCCGCAGUGCCCUCCUCGAAUCAGAUUAGUCAUCCAAUGGUGUUUCCAUCGAACCGCGUUCAUUUUCCAAAGACCAGCCGACGAUUGCCACAGGCGCUUAUCAUUGGAGUUCGAAAGUGUGGCACGCGCGCUCUCCUAGAAAUGCUUUACCUGCAUCCUCGCAUACAAAAGGCUGGUGGUGAAGUGCACUUCUUUGAUCGUGAUGAGAACUAUAUGAAGGGUUUGGAGUGGUAUCGCAAGAAAAUGCCGCACUCAUUUCGUGGGCAAAUUACUAUCGAAAAAAGUCCGAGUUACUUCGUAUCGCCAGAGGUGCCGGAACGUGUACGCGCCAUGAAUGCCAGCAUAAAACUUUUGCUCAUUGUACGUGAACCGGUGACGAGGGCCAUUUCUGACUACACACAAUUGCGAAGCCAUGCGGCAACAGCCACGCUGCCACUAGCCGAUGGACCAGCGAUGUUGCCACCUUCAACGGCGCCCGCUAAGCAUAUCGCAAACACUUAUCAAAGGCGACAAGGCAGGGCAAUUGAAACAGCUGGCUCUGGUUAUGGACCAGGGUCAGGUUAUGCGGCAGCAACGAAUCAACAUUUCAGAGCCUCGCAGCAUGUGGCGCUAUAUGGCAAAUCGAGUAAUUCCUACGCGGCGGCACAAGUGUAUGAUAAUGCAAUUGACGGUGGAGGUGGCGGUGGCGGCAUAAGUAUUGACGACGAUGGAGGAGGUGUACGAAAUCGUUUUGGCGAUUCCUAUACAACAGCGCCAACGCUCGGUUCGGCGGCUGCUGCAGCACAAAUUGCAAGCAAAACAUUCGAGGAGCUAGCCAUAUUCCCCAAUGGCACGGUGAAUGAGUCCUAUCGCCCACUAACCAUCUCUCUGUAUCAUUUGCAUUUGCAUCGUUGGUUGGAAGUCUUCCCGCGUGAGCAAUUACUCGUUGUCAAUGGUGAUCGAUUAAUUGAGGACCCCGUUUCGCAAUUGAAGCGCAUCGAAACGUUCUUAGGCAUCGAGCAUCGUGUAACCAACAGCCAUUUUUAUUUUAACGAGACAAAGGGUUUCUACUGUUUACGUUACGACAGCGGCGACCGUUGCCUACGCGAAACAAAAGGACGCAAGCAUCCGCAUGUUGAUCCUGUAGUUGUGUCCAAAUUGCGGAAAUUCUUUGCCGAACACAAUCAGCGAUUCUAUGAAUUGGUUGGCGAAGAUCUUGGCUGGCCGGAGGAGUAAGCAGUGAAGAGGCGAAGAAACAGAUGAAAUUGUAUAUGUCUGUGUAUGCAUGUAUGCGUGUGCGCGUAUGGGUGUAAAAAAUGCAAUUGCAACACAGACACUUGAAAGGGUGCAUCCGUUACACUCACACACACACACAUACAUGUAUUCAAGGAGCAGAGCGUUAAGGAGGAUCGCUGACUACAAAACAAGCGGGUAGUAAAGCAAUGAAAGGAGGGCAUUGGCGACCAACAGUAGCUGUAAUUGAGAAUUAAGGACUGAUGGGAUAACAAAUGUUAAGUUAAAUAUUCAAUAUUAAUAUAUAUUUAAUUUUCGCAGGUAUGUACAUAUAUAGGUAAGCAUGUGAAAAAUUGCAUACUCAUCGGCAUAUGACUUGCGCAUAAGAAUCUCUGUGUGUGAGACGAGUUAUCGCAGUUGUUGGACUACAGAACGAAAUGCACAAAAAUUGUUGCGAAUUUCAAUUUAAAAAUUCAGUACUUCAUUUAAGUGAAAAUAUGUAUGUUUUUAAGUGUAUAUAUCUACAGUUUACAAACUAUACAUAAAUACACACAUAAAUGUAAGUGUUGUAGCUUAAAUGUGUUGUAGAUGAGUCUGUGUGAGUGUCUGUGAACGCUGUCGGCAAGCGUAUAGGUAGACGGGAUGUAUGAACUGUUGCACGGAAAUGGAAAUUUUCAGGCGUACAUACCUAUAUUUUUAUGAUAAUUUUUGUAGAAGCACAUUUAUAUAUACAUUCACUUGCAUGAAUAUAUGUACAUACAUAUAUGCGCUCCUGUUUUCGUUGGUGUGCAUGCGAAUAUUCGCCUUCAUGCAGUCAACAAAAUACUAGCACAAGUUCGAAAUGUUCGAAAAAUGAGAGUUAAGGAAAGGGUAAAAAAAUAAUAAUUUUAAUACUUUUUUCUUUGAAGCCUUUUUAAUAGAAAUUUCUAAGUUCAAUUUCUAAAUUUCAAUUUUAACUUUUCUUAUUGAGCCAGCGAGGAAACACGAUUCGACUCUCGCUCAAGUCUAGAAAGAAAUUUCGUGAUCUUAAAAAGAGAAACUUUGAAUUGUUGUUAGUGUCUAUGAUUUUCAAAAAAAAAAAACUGGUCGUGAGCUCAAAAACUGAUUAUUCACAUUAUAAAGUUACAAUAGGUUAUAAAACCAAAAAAAAUAAAGAAUUUUCUAAAGACUUUAAAAAAUUUUUGCCCUCAUU